CCCAAGCAAGGCACCGUGGAUUUCAAUGGGGACGACCGAAAUAUACAUAGUACAUCAAUCUAUGCCUUCCAUAGAUCAAGGCCUCUAAUUACCCCCAACCAUAAAGCAUUGACUACUAAGCGACUACACCGAAAGUAUUCUGUACAGUCCAGUGAAACAUAUCAUGUGCCACGGCACAGUUAUAAAGUAUGACUCAGUGCAAUAAGACUACCCAGACCCCGACAAGAAAAAGAUACAGGCGAGAAGGCGCCAAGUGGACUCGGUCGGGCUGCUUGACCUGCAAGCGCCGUCGGAAGCGGUGUGAUGAAACCAAGCCAUGCUGUCAGAGCUGCGCCAGGCUGGGGUUGAAAUGUGAGGGCUACGGCUCGAUGUGGGCAGCGCCUUUGGACCCGUCUGCACAGGUCUUCAGCCAAGACAGAGAAUCCAAGCGGCGGAGAACAAGUACACCCUCUUCCCCAGCUUACUCUCAUGGUACGGCGGAGGAACUGUGGUCGUCUCCGAGCUCACCCUUAUCAAGCAAUGCUUCGACUGCGCCGACAACGCCAUCUGAGCUCGGAAAUACCGGCAUUUACUCCCUAAGUAAUGAAGACAGCGAAGACGGAGAUGGCCAGCUUACAAACAGCGAUGUUAGCCGCUAUGGCGCACUCACUGUUGCUUCACCUAUGCCAAGUAGGGUCUUCAGUCAUCUUUCGCAACUCGAAACACACUAUCUCCAGUAUCACACCGAACUGGGCUCCAAGUUGCUAGCCAACCUCGAAAGUGAUGAUAACCCUCUACGCUCGCUGAUAAUACCCCGAGCCUUAUCAUCAUCCCUUGUAUUGAAGGCCUUGUGUGCGGUGUCUGCGACGCAUUUUGCGAAUCGCUCCCGGGAUAAGGUGGAAGCACAAACUGCUGCUACCAGCUACUAUGUUCGAACGCUGAGUGGGCUGCAGUCGACACUUGCCAAAUAUUCAGCAGGAACCUUUCCCGAUGAGACCAUUCUAGCUGUCGCUCUUCUUUGCAAGUACGAAAUCGUACGUGGAAGCGUUAAGCAAUGGACUGUGCACCUGAAUGCUCUGCAGAAGCUGAUCGUUGCUCGGGGUGGGGUUGGGGCUCUGAGCGAAGACACGAGAGAAUUUGUAUCGGGAUUCUACAUCUAUGCUUAUAACGUGGCCAGGAUCAGCAACCGUAGGCAGAUAAAUUACGACAGGCUCGACAUAUGCAACGUCAAAAUCACCAAACUUGACAUAUACAUCGGCUACGCAGAAGACCUCAUCAAGAUCUGCGCUCAAAUAGCCGAUCUACCCCUGAUGUCUCACGACCCCGUUGCCCUGGGUUUGGAAAUCCAUGGAAUAGAUACAUCGCUUCGCAACUGGACACACACAAAGACGCAAUACGCUAUCCCCAAAGGAAUAACUGAGAUGAACCUCGCUCGCCUGCGCAUGGUAGCUGACUGCUUCCGUGACGCGGCGUAUAUUUAUCUCCAUUCUAUCCUAGAGCAAAUGAGCCAGAGAAUCAUGGAUCCUUUCUCGACAGCAUGGACAACAUUGAUCUCCUUAUCUAGACCAGACGCAUUACAGCAACUCCUAGACAGAAUCAGGAUUACCCCCCUUGAUGAGCACUGUGAAUAUUCUGCUCUUACAUUCCCGCUUUUCAUCGCAGGUUGCGAGAGCAGAGAUGCUAACGAUCGCGAUCUCAUCCUACGUUCCUUAAGCAGGCUAGAGGCAAACUUUGGUAUAGGGAAUGUGAGACGAGCAAAAGACAUGUUGCAUAUUCUGUGGAAGGAAGGGGACAUGCAUUGGUUGGAUAUGUUGGAGCAAUUACAAUGGGACUUGAUUCUUGCCUAAAUAUUGAAUUCAUAGAUAGGUGUAUACGAAGUCAAUGGCGC